CAUAUAACAGACACGUUGGAAAUGUCCGUGGAUUCAUGGUUUAUAUCCUAAUUUAUUAGUGGCCAAGGAGGAAGACAUGGUCUUUGAUUGGUCAUAUGAACCCAUCUCCGUUGGAAAAGGCUUCUUCUUCUUCUUCUUCUUCUUCCUUUUUCUUUCUUUUUCCAAAUCCAAAUCCGAAGAAAAGAAAGAGACUUCUCAUUUUUUUCUAGAGAGAGAAGAAGACACAAACUAGACCAUUGCCUCUCUUUUUUCAGGUGGACCUAGAAAAAACUCUCAUUUUCUUGAUCCAAUCAAACAAACAAUAAUCCUAGAAUAACAAGGAAUUAUUGAGAGAAGAUAGAUAGGGAGAGAUGUCGUGUUCAUCAUCAUCUGGUUCAGAGGAUGAAGAUGAGGGAGUUGAUGCUUACAGGAAAGGAGGAUAUCAUGCUGUUAGGAUUGGAGAUCCAUUCAAUGGUGGUCGAUAUAUUGCUCAAAGGAAACUUGGUUGGGGAAAUUUCUCUACUGUUUGGCUUGCUUAUGACACUAAAUCAUCUAAAUUUGUUGCACUUAAAAUCCAAAAGAGUGCUGCUGAAUUUGCCGAGGCUGCACUUCACGAGAUUCAAGUUUUAUCUGCCAUUGCUAAUGGGAAUCCGUCGGAUUCAAAAUGUGUUAUUCGUUUGAUUGAUCAAUUUAAGCACUCAGGUCCAAAUGGGCAGCAUUUAUGUAUGGUUUUGGAAUUUCUUGGCGACAGCUUGCUUCGUCUAAUAAAGCAUAACCGUUAUAAAGGUCUUCCAUUGAAUAAAGUUCGAGAAUUGUGCAAAUCGAUUCUGAUGGGUCUUGAUUACUUACAUAGAGAACUCGGUAUAAUCCAUACAGAUUUGAAACCUGAAAAUGUGCUUCUUGUAUCCACUAUUGAUCCUUCGAAAGACCCGGAGAAGUCAGGGCUCACUCCAAUACUCGAGAGGCCAGAGGGAAACCCAAAUGGUGGGAUUAUGUCGAAUGCUAUUGAGAAAAAGCUUAAGAGGAGGGCAAGGAAGGCGGUGGCUAAGAUUGCAUUAAGGAGAGAUUCAAUGGGGGGAAUUAAAGUUCGUGAGAAGAAAUCUUUAGAUGGGAUUGAUCUGAGGUGCAAAGUUGUGGAUUUUGGAAAUGCAUGUUGGGCCGAUCAGCAGUUUGCAGAAGAAAUUCAGACAAGGCAGUAUAGAGCUCCUGAGGUUAUUCUCGGAGCUGGUUACUCCUUUUCCGUUGACAUGUGGUCUUUUGCUUGCAUGGCAUUCGAACUUGCUACUGGUGAGAUGAUGUUUGCUCCCAAGUGUGGCCAGGGUUUCAGCGAGGAUGAGGAUCACCUAGCUCGAAUGAUGGAAUUUCUGGGCAAGAUGCCUCGGAAGGUUGCUAUUACAGGCUCUCGAUCGAAAGAAUACUUCGAUAGACAUGGAGACCUAAAAAGGAUCCGAAGGCUGAAAUUCUGGUCACUAGACCGAGUCCUGGUUGAGAAAUACAAUUUUAACGAGUCUGACGCUCGUGAAUUCACCGAUUUUUUGACCCCCCUUCUCGAUUUUGCACCAGAUAAACGGCCAACAGCAGAACAGUCAUUGCAGCAUCCAUGGCUUGAAAUUAAGAGUCCUAACCCAAGUGAGGAAGAGAAAGAACCGGAUUUUGGAAAGUUGGCAGUUGGGAUGACUAAUCUUCAGAUUGAGGUGGGCAGGUAGAAGAGGGUAUGUAAUGUUUUUGGCAUUCAACCUUCUAAUAUUCCUGCCACCUCUUGUAAGAGUAUGAUUUUGUGAUUUAGUUGUGUGUUUGUAAAGAUUCAAUAAAUUCAAUUUUGAUUUAUUAAAGGUGUAGAUUAGUGAAUAUUACGGGGAAGGACGUGGUUUCCAGGAAGACAGAACUCCGAUGACAUAAAGCACUUUCUUUAGAGGUGUUUCGACAAACAAGUAACAAUUACAUUUUAGGCCUGUGCCAAAGAUGGUGUCUGAACAAAGUGAAGACGGGAAGUAGAGACUGAGUGAUCGAGAUGUGCUCAGUCUGUACAGAACAGUUGGUGUUCUGAGUCAUAUGCGACUUCUGUUAGAUGUUUUCCUAUGUAGAACCAUUUCCUUCUUGGGACUUGAACAAUAAAAGAGACUCAACAAUGGGCUGUUGUUGAGCAUGCCAGAGUAACAUUGUUCACUGAUAUCAUGCGUUGGAAUUUCAGUUAAUUUUGUUUGUCUAAGUUUUUAAGGAGAAUUCCGAUGUAUGAUUUUAUGUACAUUUCCAUUUUCCAAUCUUAUAUAUCAUGUACUAUAAUUCUUGAGAAUGUGACUAUUUUGAAUGA